UGGCAGUAGGCAGUUUGAAAGUGGAGGCAAGACGUUGGAAUUAGAGAAAAAAAUAGUGGGCGGGCGCGAAGGUCAGUCAACCUGGAGCUGAGCGCUGCUCGCCAGUGGCAGGUCGGAACUUUAACGACCGUAACGCUCGGCAUCGUUGAAACUAGUAAUCUUGCCAGCCCCACCCCAGAAAAGGAACGUGUCUGAGGCUUUCAAGAUACAUAACUUGUGGAGAAUUUCAGCUCCAUCAUUCUGUUCUGAGCGGAACAACGAAUGGAAGAAUAUCAAUGUGCCACCAAGCUGCACUUUGAAACUGCAUUCAGCUGUUUGAAGUCCACUUUUCUGGCACAGAUCAAGAGGCACAAUGGAUUUUGACACCUUCUGCGCUUUGGGGAGUCUUAAUCAGUUGAAAUAUUUUAAUGACUCUUUUGAUGAAAAUUACACGAUUCUUCUUGAUCGCUGGGCUGACAAUGUUACCGACCUCAUAAUAGACUGGUCAACCACGACUAAAAUUGCCACCAUGGUGAUAUAUCUGUUUAUUUGCAUAGUGGGGCUGGUGGGCAACUGUCUGGUAAUGUACGUUAUUGUCAGAUAUACCAAGAUGAAGACAGCAACAAACAUAUAUAUAUUCAAUCUUGCACUUGCGGAUGCAUUAGAAUUAAUCACGUUACCUUUCCAGGCAACUGAUGCACUCCUGGGAUUCUGGCCUUUUGGAAAUAUUCUCUGUAAAUUAGCAAUAUCAAUUGACUAUUACAACAUGUUCACCAGCAUCCUUACUCUGACAGUGAUGAGUGUUGAUCGGUACAUAGCCGUAUGUCACCCUGUUAAAGCAUUAGAUAUGCGAACUCCUUUCAAUGCAAAGGUCGUCAAUGUUUGCAUCUGGGUACUUGCUUCUGUAAUUGGAAUACCAGCAAUGAUCAUGGGAUCAGCUGACAUGGAAAAUAAGGAAAUUGAAUGCCUUUUGGUUCAUCCUCAACCCCACAGUUACUGGAAGCCUAUAAUUGAGAUUGCUGUGUUUUUCUUCUCCUUUGUCAUCCCGGUUGUUGUCAUAACCAUUUGCUACACAUUAAUGCUCAGGCGGUUGAGAAGAGUGCGUGUGCUUUCUGGAUCAAAGGAGAAGGACAGGAAUCUACGUAGAAUCACAAGAAUGGUCUUGGUGGUUGUUGCCGUCUUCAUUAUCUGUUGGACUCCAGUCCAUGUUCUAGUGUUAGUGCAAGCUGUGUGUAGUCGUGAAAUUUUAACUAUUAUGCCAAGCUGGCAUUUUUGUGUUGCCCUUGGAUAUGCCAAUAGCAGCCUCAAUCCUGUCCUUUAUGCCUUUCUGGAUGAAAAUUUCAAAAGAUGUUUUAAAGAAUUUUGCUUUCCCUCUGCUCUUAAAUCAGAACUUAAAACAUCAAAUGGAAUGAGAAGUAUCACGAAAGGUAUUGCACUCUCAUGUAAGAAUACAGAUGGCAAUGAAAAUGUUGCAUGACUAGAAAUGGGGGUAGCUUCGGCUUCUAGCCAUUAGGAAAACAAAAUUUUCAAAUGUGGAGAUGACUCAAACUAUAGGCCUUUGAAAUAAAGUAUUUCUUCUGCAAUGUCAAAAGGAGUGAGAAAACCACAAUUCUAGCUCCAAUAAAUCAAGAACUGGUUGUUAAAAGAAAACAGCUAAGGAAAAGUUGUGUUUCAGACACUGAAAAAUUAAACUAAUUGAUGAAUGAAUUUAGUAAAAAUAUAAAUAGGAAAUUAACUUCAACUUUCAGAUUUUCAGAUGUCUAACUCUCCACUGAUGGCUUUAAGCAACUCUUUGGGCUAUUAAUAUUUCCAUCUAAAUGUCAGAUAUAUUAAUUAUAUGUGGUUGGAUUUAUUGCAUGCCAUUGAAAUAUAAUGAUCAUUUCAUUAUACAGGGAAAUGUAGUUGUGAGCAAUGUCUGGCUUUAUACCUAUAGCAUUUAAAAAAAUUAUUACAACCGGAGAUGAUUUAACCGUAAACAACAUGGACUUGCAAACUACCUAAUAUUUUUGGAUGCUUUUGACCCAGGUCAAAUAAUCAAAGGGUAAGAGAAAAAAAAAUUGUCAAAUUAUUUAUGUGAAAUACAAAUAAUAUUUGUUCAAUUGUAAUAAAACCUUUUGCAGGGCAUGACAUACUUAAAGAUUCAUAUUGUGGUAGAAGUUUGGACUUUACUUGUGACUGUUUGCAACUACAAAAGAUGCAGCUUUAAUCCUUGCAGCAUGAACUCCCGCAUUACAAGCUAAUGAUCCAAUAUGCAUUUUUACCAGUUUCCAAUUUAACACAUUUGUAAGCUGGAACAGAUGAUUUCUGAGAAUAAAACUGUUGUUCUGAUGUUUAGAGUAUAUUUUAAUAUCCAGUGAGUGCACUCAGAGUUUUAUAUCAUCCUCUGACCAAUUCCAUAUCAAAUUAAUCUCUUUGCUAUUUCAUAAGAAGUACUUCCCAUAUAUAAUUGAUUCAUAUAGACCUUAAAAAAAAGUAGAUGAAGGAAAUGAUAUCCAAGCAUGUUAAAUAUUUAUACACUAAUUCCACACAUAAUUUCAAGGCCUUGGUCACUAAAAUCACCAUUUACUCAUUAACCUGCAGUUGAUAAUUUCUACAAUCAUAUUAUGCUUUUCUAAAGUUUAUUUUGAAUCUUGUAUAAAUGUUUUAAUGAUAGUAAUUUCAGUUGGAUAACAUGUUACCAUGACCAAACAUUUUUAAAGUGCUAUGUACAGUUGUUUUGCAUUAAGUGCAGUAAUUAUUUAAAAAAUACUUUGUGUUAAUAAUUAUAUAAGAAUUGGUCUAGUCAUUUAUAUUGCAAUGGUGUAUUUCUGUUAAAGUAAUUCAGUUAAAAGUCAAGAAGUGUUUUGUCUAACUAUAUCUAAAUCUCCAAGUUAAAGCUGAGACUUGUCAUCUGUGAUGCCUGAAUAUUCUAAAGUAUUUGCUGUUAAUGAGAUUAUACACUGCAGUAAACUGGAAGUGUAUUAAUGUUGAA